AAAGCGAUCCUUCUGGUCGCUGACUCGUAACUCGACCUGCUAGUACGAUCGAGGCUUUACGUCGUGUUGCGUUCUUUACCAGGACGUAACAUCCAGACGUAACAUUAUAUUGUUUUUUACAUUUCAGCUGGAUAAUGAUUAUAAUGCCUUAAUCGAUGAAAAAUCAAAUAUUUAUAACGAGUGGCCUGAACUAUCUGAAAAAUUCGAAAUAUUACUGCAAAAUCGAAUGAUAAAAGAUAAAACUUUUGUUAAACAACUGGGAGAGAUUCAAUUAUGGAAAAAGGAAAUGAAUGUAGAAAUGCGGCACUGCUUUCUUUAAUACCAGUGCUGUGUCCUUCCAAUGUGCGACUAAAGAUAUCAGGAAGAAAGAAGACAUGGCGACCUACUAUAGCAGAAUCAAUAGAUGCUUUUAUUUGUCAUAUUAAAAUACCAGGAGAUUUGGAAAUAGUAAAACGUCGAAGACGAGAGAACGCCAAUAAACUAAAAGAAACUCUACAGCCGUACAUAAUUGCAAUAGGAUCACAACUCACCGCAAUUGAAGCAUUUUAUAUCAUCAUUGAUGAUAUAAUGUAUAAAAUGGAAAAUGUCUUAAAGGCUGUUGACAUUUUGUACAAGAUUUUUCAAGUUCUGAAUGUCAAAUAUCCACCUGCCUGCGAACAGAUUUGGCUUUUUAUACAAAAAUAUAUUUAUGAACGAACAACAAAAUGGGAUAAAUAUAGUAAGUCUGUAAUGACUCUGAUCGAUAAUUUGAAUAGACUUUAAUCCAAUAUGUGACUUUAUCGAACAUAUAUUUAAGACAGUUGUGUUUGAGUAAAAUUCUAUAUUUUAUAUUUCAUUUUAUAUAUAUUUUGACUGAUUAAUUAUAAAAAUAUAGUUUUAUAUAUCAUUAAGCGUAUAAAAUAGUGUUAAUAUGCACAUUAGAGUUGUUUCCAUGCUUGAAUUUUGAAAUUUGAAAUAUUUUAUGUUAUUUUUCUUUACGCUACUUAUAAAAAUAUCUUGCGAUUGU